AUGAAAGUCACUGAAAAGGUUAGCCAGCUGUGGGACUCGAACCCACAUCUUCUGGAUUACCGCAACAAAGAAGAAGACACCGCCGGUCCCUUCAAGUGCUCCUGGUGUGGCAGACUGUUCGACUCCGACAAGCACCUGACGGAGCACCAGAGCGCCGAGCAUUCCCGCAAGCGAGGGAGGCACAAGUGUCGAUUCUGCGACUACAGCAGCAACGUGAAGACUCACGUCAAGGACCACGAGAGAAGACACACGGGUGAGAAGCCCCACAUGUGCCAUGUGUGUGGCAGGAGGUUCACGCAGAGGGGAGCCCUGAAGACACAUCUCAAGACGGUCCACGAAGGCAGAACGACGUACGUCUGCUCCACUUGUGGGGACAGGUUUGUGUGGAAGAGCCAGCUGGAUCGACACCAAAUGGUUCACUGCAACGACCUGUGGGGAGGUGUUUAA